CUUCCUCCCAAGCAACCGCUUCUCGCCGGGCGCCGGCGGCAGCUGCCACGUGCCGCCACCGUCUCAUCGCCUCGCCGUACUAGCCCCGCGGCUUCGUCAGCCGAUGAGCCGCUGCCCUGUGAGCUAUCCUCUCCUGGUCGGCCGCUCCCCCCUCCUCUCUUCUCGUCUUUUUCCGUGACCCGCCCGUUCAUUCGCUUCGUGCGUGCGUGGCGCAAGUCGGUCCCUGUGCGGUGAUCGUUGUGUUGCCAACGGAACCAAAUUUAGUAGAGUGCCCCCCUUGUGCGAUAGCGUCUGCUAAUUGCUCCUGUUGGCGCGCCUCGACAUGUUGGCGUUGGCCCCCAAAGUUCACUCGAGUUUAUUUUUUAAAAUAAAUAAAUAAAUAGGGGAUCCCUACCAUAUUGGUCGAUUUUGUUUCGAGCGCCCGCGUGUCUGAGAAUUGGAUUUGCCCGCGAAUCUUGGUAAUUGCUGUAACAGUUAUUGUCAUGAGUCUCAUGAGUCAUGGACCAUACACUUCCACUUCAGUAGUUCAGUUGCCUGUGAUGGGGAAAUAUCAAGUACUGAUUGGAAUAGCAUCGAAGGGGCUAAUCUUGUUCUUGUAUGUAGCGCAUUGAAACAAGUACUAAAAGAAAGGUCGUGAUUUGGUUUGCGUACCUUUUAUUCACUUCCCUAUAUUAUUUUUAAAAGCACUUCGUGAUUUUCAGAUGAAUAGCAAUGUCUGCAUAUUAGUGCGUUCAUUGAUGAAUUUGUUUCUAGGUUUCCUCUCAUACAAUAUAAUGGUGUCAAAGCCUGUAGUGCUUGUCUUCCUGUUGGUGGUACUCAUAAUCACAUCCCAGUUUGAAUGGAAGCAACAGCUUGUAAACGAGUUGGAAUCUACGGCUCGCAACCAGAAACAUGUUUCAAGUAGAGAAGAGCUUGUCAAGGAUCAGAUAAUCUUCACUCAAGAAAAGAUGAUUCAAAGAUUGAAUAAUUUUGUCCGAAAUCUUCAGCAACAGUUGGUGCAGUGUCGUGGCAACAACAGGACAGUUAAUCGUUCUGGAACUUCUUUGACAUCUUAUAUUAGUGAGAUCCAGAUGCCGCAGAUGAUGGAUGACUGACAAUGUCGCGCGGCAUGAACUAUACGGAUAAAAAGAUAGGAUAUUCACAGAGUCAUGUGGACAGCGAAGUUCUCCCAGUAAAAGCAGUCAUAAUGUAGUAUUAGCCUGGACAGAACAAUAUUCGAUCAGUUCCAGAGAGAAAGGAACGCUGAUCCUUUGAAAACCCGUGUAAUUUUAUUUCCCUUUUCCUCUUUUUCCCCCCUAAGAGAACUGAAAAUUCUUUGUUUUAUGAUAGGCAUCUAUAUAUACUUAUUAUCCUCU